AUGCGUCAAGGCCACGAGAAGAGUCAAAAGAAGGAAGGAAAGAAAACCAAGCCAUUGACGGAACGGCGCAGAGUAAAAGAAAGCGACACAAAGGAGGAGCCUUUCAUUGUUUGUUUUAGACCCGAAACUCAUCAUUUUAUUCCCUUCUUCCUCUCACCAGCUCUGAGUCUUAAUUUCCUCAAUUUUGAUUUCGCCAUUCUUAGACAUCAAUCUUAUCCCCUUCUUCCCAUUCCACAACUUAAAUAACAAGCUUUUAUCCUUCUUUUCUUCUUAUACACUUGUAGCUCUUCCUUGAUUAAUCCAUAUCAGUAUUAUAUUUUUGUUUUGCUUCAGCUUUCGUCUGUGAUUCUUUAAAAUCACUGCAAAGCAAAGAUACCUUUUUGGGAUUUGCUACAUUUUUCCACAAUCUCUUGUAAUUAUCCCAUCUGGGUUGUGUUCAUUUGCUCUUUCCUUAUAUACAUUCAAGAAGAUAUCUUUGACUGCGUUUCUUGGAAAUAUCCUUUCUGGGAAUCAGCUAUGGGGGACUUAGACAACUCAGUAACUGUGCAAAUAACUGGCAAGAUCAUGGUGGUUGCCGUAAUCAUUCUAUUUAUGGUGGUAGCUUUUGUUCUCUUGCUUCAUCUCUAUGCAAAAUGGUUUUGGUGGCGCACUGAAGAGCCUGCUCGUCCAGCAUCCUCUCGCCGGAACCGCCGCCGUUUCGUUUUUACCCCUGGUCAGGAUCCAGUCCGGAGAGGGCUAGACCUCUCGGUCCUUAAAUCCCUACCGGUGGUAAUUUUCCAAUCCAAAGACUUCAAAGAUGGGUUGGAAUGUGCAGUUUGCUUAGCUGAAGUUGCAGAGGGGGAAAAAACGAGGUUGCUGCCCAAAUGCAACCAUGGUUUCCAUGUUGAUUGUAUUGAUAUGUGGUUUCAAUCGCACUCCACUUGUCCUCUCUGCAGAAACUCAGUAGCGCCAUUACCCGAAUGCUCCAGCUUCGACAGUAGUGAUUUGCAAGAGAACAUUCAUUCUCCAGAGGAAAUUUUGGCUUCUGGGUAUUCGACAGAAUCUCCAAAUUUUCCCACAAAUGUGUUGUUUUGGGGGGACCAGACUCAAGUAAGCACCGGCGGCAAUGGAGGCGGCGGCUUGGAAGAAGCAACUUCCGCUCAAGCACCUUCUUCGUCUUCUUCCUCCUCUUCUUCUUCCAGGCAAGAUGAGAUGCUGGUUAUUGAUAUUCCUGUGCAAAUGAGUGAUAAUUUUCCUGAGGAAGAAUCCAAGUCGCCAAUGCCUACACAAAGGUUAAGGUCGUUGAAGAGGCUUCUGAGCCGGGAAAAAAGGGUGGCUCCUAGUAGUUCUAGUAGUUCAGUUGAUAUCUAACCAAAGAUGAGAAGACGUGUAUUGUGUAUGUAAAUCUUGAAAAGCAGAAAAAAAAAGGGGUGCCUGUGGAUGACUGAAGAUAUUGCAUUAUCUCGUCAACAUUGGCUAGAUUUGGUUGGAGGUUGAUGAAAAAUCGAGUCCUUUUCAAUAUAAUCCUUAAGAAUUGGUGCUUCUUUAUGGAGGUAAAGAAAACCUCUCUGCUUGAUUUGCUCAGUAUUUGUCUGAUUUUUGAUACUGAGUAGUCUGAAAUGACUUAAGUCUGUUUCACAAGACGUUGCUGGUAAAGCUAUGGUAUGGAAGCAGAGAUUUAGGAACAGAUGUCUGAAAACUGAAAUGAAAAUAUUGUGUGAGAGGGGAAUAGGGUACUAAGCUAGGCAUCCAUCUGCCUCUGAAGAUGUAUUUCUAUAUACAUUCUUGUGUCACUAUUGAUUCCAUUGAAUUCCCAUGGCUUGGAUUUGUUUUAUUUUUUGAACCACAGCAAGUAUUAAAAUAUAUUGGUUCAUUUUCAAACU